ACACCCUCUUAGGCACAAACACAAACACUUUAAGUCAGCUGUGUGCUUGAGCAAUGGCUUCGUUUAGUUCUAGAUUAACUAUUUGUUUGGCACUGUUUGUCCUAAUACUGGGUAGUGCCAAUGCACAACUUUCUACAAACUUUUACUCCACUUCUUGUCCGAAACUCUUCUCCACUGUGAAAUCCACACUGCAAUCUGCCAUAUCAAAGGAGGCCCGCAUGGGCGCUUCUCUCCUCCGUUUGUUCUUCCACGAUUGCUUUGUCAAUGGAUGUGAUGGUUCAAUUUUACUUGAUGACACAUCAAGUUUCACCGGAGAGAAGAACGCAAACCCCAACAGGAACUCCGCGCGUGGAUUCGAUGUCAUCGACAACAUCAAAUCAGCCGUGGAGAAAGUGUGUCCAGGAGUUGUUUCAUGUGCUGAUGUCCUUGCAAUCGCUGCCAGAGACUCCGUGGAGAUCCUUGGAGGCCCUUCUUGGAAUGUUAAACUUGGACGAAGAGACGCUAAGACGGCUAGCCUGUCUGCUGCCAACAAUGGCAUUCCUCCACCCACUUCAAACCUUAACCAACUCAUCUCAAGAUUCAGCGCUCUUGGACUUUCCACCAAGGACUUGGUCGCAUUGUCUGGUGGGCACACAAUUGGACAAGCAAGGUGCACCAAUUUCAGAGCAAGAAUCUACAACGAGACCAACAUAGAUAGCUCUUUUGCUAGAACAAGGCAAUCAAGCUGCCCAAGGGCAUCAGGGUCAGGGGACAACAAUCUAGCACCCCUCGAUCUCCAAACUCCAACCACCUUUGACAACAACUACUUCAAGAACCUGGUUCAAAACAAGGGCCUCCUCCACUCUGACCAACAACUAUUCAAUGGUGGGUCCACCGACUCCAUAGUGCGUGGCUACACCACUAACCCUAGCUCCUUUUCAUCUGAUUUCGUUAGUGCCAUGAUGAAGAUGGGAGACAUUAGUCCUCUCACUGGCUCCAAUGGAGAGAUCAGGAAGAAUUGUAGAAGGAUCAACUAAUUAAUUAAGUCUAAACAUCAAGGGUCCUACACACAUACAUGCAAUUAAUUGCGUUUGAUAUGUGCGUAUAAUAAGUUGUUAAAACAUGUUUUCAUUGUCUUUCGGGUUCCGUGAGCUUCCUAGCUAGCGCAUUUGAUGUGUACUUUAGUGUGUCCUACCUCCCUUCUUUUUGUUUCUUUUUUUUUUUAAAUUGUCUUAUACAAUAUUGUAGGAAAAAAUUAAGCCUUUGUCAAGGCUCAAGAGGGGAGAUUGGUUUGAUGUAUCAGUUCGCUUGUGAUUUUCCCAUUAUAACAUUCCAUUGGGAUUCUCUUU